CUUGACAAGCCGCAUGACGGCGUCGUCAUCCCCAGCUUCGGUGUCCACGUCGUCGUUCCCGUUGUCGUUAUCGUCGCCACCGUCAUCGCCGUAUCCAUUGUCGCUGUCCGGUCACACAAGCUUGGCUCACUCUUUCGCCAACCUGCAUAAUCAUCUUCUUCGUUACGUUCGUAUCACAGCUCACUUACUUGAGAUGGCUGCGAAGAGCAGAUGGUUUCUCUUGGCGGCUGCACUCCCCAUUGCGGCUAGCAUCGCUGUGGAGAAGAGAAAAAACACAGACGCAAUUCUGAAAAAGAUAGAGGCACUGGUGAGUGCCGACAGUGCGGAUGGAUCUUUGAUGAGUGCCGAGGUCGGUGCUCCGCCUGCCAAGAGGACCAUGGUGGGCACAGUGCUGCGGCACACCCAGGCAGCACCAGUGGACAUAAUGCUGAGCCACCAGAUCCGUAUGCUCAGCAGCUCGCGCAAGAACGUGGAGCAGGUGGCGGUCAUCAACGCAAAGGUACCCGGGGUGGACAAUGCUUUGGGCACGGCCCAUGACCCUGUGAUCGCGUCGCUGAAGCGCAGCUACGGGACCACGGGCUCCGUUGAGGUGCUAGACCUCGAGUCUAAUGUGACCCAGCAGCAGCAGCUGAUGCAAGCUGUUUUCUCAAUCCGCCAGGGCAGCACCGCUACCUUUGCGACGAAGUUCUUCAAGCAGAACCUCACGACUCCAGACAUGAAGCGCCAGAUGGCUUAUUUCACCGCGAUGAUGCAGUUCAUCGAUCUCUGCAUCAAGGCUGAGCAUGGUGUGGAGAUCUGCGCCAACAUGCAGGGAGAGUCCUUUCUGCACAGACAAGAUAAGAAGGGUUUGCUGGAACUGGCCAGCAAGCUGUUCGACGAUGACGACGAGGUGAUCGCCCUGCAGCCUCCGUCUUACUGCGAGUACACGCAAGCUCACCACAAGCCCUCUUGGGCGAAGAAGGACGCAUGGACCAACAGCAGCUUCACAAAGUGCAUCGCCAACGCGACCAAGGCCAAGCCAGAGGCCGGACUUGCGAACAUGCUUUUCCUUCGUGAGCGUCUGAUGGCUGCGCUGCCGCUGACCGUGAACGCGGACGACCUCAACGAGGGCUUCGACCACGCGUUUUUGGCGGGACUGUCGCGUGCUGGGGCGAUCAAGGGCAUGCAGUGUGGCCACUCGUUUGUCAUCAGGCCAGCCGGCGAGGAGGCCAAGUGCAAGGGCAAGACACCCAUGUUGUUCAAGGGCCACGCGCUCGCGCUCGGCAAGCAGACGGACUCCGAGGCCAGCCGGAGGAUGGGAUACGACCUCCUCUCCGGAGAGUACGUGUCCUUCAACCAGAGGGUGGUCCAGGGGGUCGAGGUGCUGGCGGACCGCAUGGAGAGGGGGAUGAUCCCUGGCCCGGCCGGCACCGUGGGAGACAGGUGCCUGGAGAUGUGCCCGUCCAGCGAGCGCAUCAAGGAGGGCAUGGCCUGGUGAGCGGCCGCGCGCGCCCGCGCAGGGUCAACCCGCGGGCGAGGUUCCCACCUCGGCCGCCCCACUUCGCGAGCUGGACGGCCCUCUUCCAGAGAGCACCGUUUUAAUCCAGCCCUGAGGCCUGCCCCGCCUUCGCCGGGCUGCUCCUGGGGACGACCUGUCGCCUCUCUGAGAAUAGGCAGCCCAGCACAGUUGCUGAGGAGGAUAAUAAUACACAUAAGUCUUAUACGAA